AAAUGAUUCCCCGAGCGAAAACUUACGGCACGAUUUUUAAUUGUACCAACAGCUAACUAAUGAUAUUGCAGCAUGAAGAAGGAGCAAGUUGUCAACUGUCAGUUUUCGGUUUGGUAUCCGAUAUUUAAGAAACAUACGAUUAAAAGUCUGAUUCUUCCACUGCCUCAGAAUGUAAUAGACUAUUUACUGGACGAUGGGACACUGGUAGUCUCUGGGAGUGACCACAACACACAGCAGACACAAACUAACAACAGCGACUCAGAUGCAGAGGAAGACAUUCAGGUAAGCUGGAGCCUUUUUUCAAGAUUGGAAGAACGUCACAAAGAUCAUAAAUGGAUCGCACUGAAUAUGACCUAAAUAAUGUAACUUAACGUGUGUGUUUGUUUUCCAUGCCUACAGGAUGCGAACUGGAUUGCUCUGAACAGCUCCCUGCAGUGUCGCAGCCUCAGUGAUAUAUUUCUGCUCUUCAAAAGUUCCGACUUCAUCACGCAUGACCUCACGCAGCCAUUCCUUCAAUGCAGCGACCAGGACUCCCCAGACCCAGUCAUCAACUAUGAGCUGGUACUGAGGAAGUGGAGUGAGCUGAUUCCUGGCGGCGAGUUUCGCUGCUUUGUCAAAGAAAACAAACUGAUUGCUAUCUCCCAGAGAGACUACACGCAGUAUUACCAGCACAUCCUGAAGCAGGAGGAGCAGAUAAGCCAGGCCAUUCAGGACUUCUUCAGCCAGCACAUCCAGUACAACGUCCUGGAUGAAGACUUUGUGUUUGAUGUUUACAGAGACAGCCAGGGGAGGGUGUGGCUCAUCGACCUGAACCCAUUCGGAGAGGUGACUGACUCGCUGCUGUUCACCUGGGGCGAGCUGACGUCUGGAGAGGUCGCAGAGCAGCAGGUCAGUCAUUGUAUACUGUAGUCCCGUAUUGCAACACACUCUGGAGUCUUAAUGAAUGCUCAGUGUGUCUGUGGACCUGUGCAGGAAGGCCCGGCGUUCCGCUACACCACCAGCGAGGUGACGGUGCAACCCAGCCCCUGUCUGAGCUACAGAAUUCCACGGGACUUUGUCGACCUCUCCACAGGAGAGGAUGCAUACAAACUCAUCGACUUCCUCAAGCUGAAGAAAAGCCAACAGGAAGAGUCUGAGGAGGAGGAGGAAGAGCAGGAGAACGCGCCACAGUGACAUCAGCGUCAUCGGCUCUCCAUAUGAAAUCUGCAUGAAGUGACUCUUCACCCUCUCUUCUGUUUCAGCACCAGUUCCUUUUUUUUAAUCUCAGAAUGGUACGCGGUGUACCCGGGAUUUCCUAAAUAGCUCCUUCACAUUACUCGAAUGGAGCAUGUUAAAUUAACAGAUCGUGUUACCCGUUCCUUAGGGACUCAUUUCCCUCGACACUGCCUAGCGCCUUAUUGCCGAUCUUAAUAGAGGCCUCUGCCGUGUCCAGGGGUUGGUUAUUUCACUUUUUGUGUGGGCGGGGACUGUGUUACUGUAAAAUGAUGUAUUCAUUAACAAUGUAAAGAAUGUUUGCUUUUAUACUUGUGCAGUAGUCUGUGUAUCUGUAUCACAUCUCAAAAACAGUCUCUCUUGGUUUGAAAUCAAUCUGACACACACACACACACACACACACACACACACACACACACACACACACACACACACACACACACACAGUGUCAGUUUGUUUCUUUACCUAUGGGGCUGACAGACUUCUCUAUUUAACACUAAAGCCCUUCAUCACUGAGUCACCUUUAAUUUUCUUGCCAGAAAUCCCAGCUCCUCCAUCUUUCCCUGCCAAUUUCCUCUGAGCAGUUUUGACACAGUCAUUGCUCCCAGCGCUCAUUCGGAGUCCUGUUAUUUCUUUUUUUUUUCUCCCCUCAUCACGCAUCAAUGUAGACUGUUGCUCCAAAGAACACCAUUAAACUUCUUUGUCGUGUAUUGACUCGGCUGUCAGUCUGGUGGGUGCUGUAAACCAGCACAUUAGAAAUUGAUUGCACUUUUACGCAACAGCUCUCAUUACCCCGAGAGCUAAAUGAGCUGCGCACGCACGACACAGGGCAGUACUUUGUUUCAUUUCCUUUUUUUCCCCUUUUCCUCUUCACUGGAUUGAUGGAGCAAUUAUGGGGAGAUGAAAGAGUGGGUGUCGGAGGUACAGCUCGCCAGGUAAACCGCUGUGGACGAGCAGCAACAGUGUGCAUGACACAAAUAUUGUGAAUACGCUUCGCCACUUGUCAUCAUUAUGAAACUGAAACGUGUAUGUAAACAUCCAGUUUGACCUGCAAAUAAGGACGAGCUUGUCUGCUGAAAUGUGACACGGGGUAUUUGCUGUUGGGGGGAGGGGGCAAAUCACAAAAUCUGAUCGUGAUCAUAAAGACUAAAUAAAGGGUAAAUACAAA